UCAUUUCCUUCAUUAAAAAAACCGUCCCGGCAGUUGCUUCCGUUUCCCCUCGGCUCCCGGUACACGACAAAGACAACACCUUUGAAGCCUUCUUCCUCCCAACUUCUCCACUUCGCUCAGUACCGUACCACCUUCCUCCCUCGCAACUAUGUAGCCCAGCCAGAAGAUUCGCGUGUCGUCGUUUCUGCCCUUUUCUCCUCUCCAAUGGCGAUCAAGGCCGCCGCCGACGAAACAGAGCCCCUCCUCGUCGAGCACAAAUCAACCUCACAGCUCGCUCUCGUCGGCUCACGUGUCUGCCCUAUCGAAAGCCUCGACUUUGAGAUCGCGGAGAGCGUGCUGGUGAACCAGGAUCGGCGUGCGCGUAAUGGCCGAGUUGAGAUAUUUCGGAAAUUGUUCCUCAAAUGGGCACUCUGCUUCCUAAUCGGCAUCUUCUCCGCCUGCGUAGGGUUUUUCAUCAACCUUGCUAUUGAGAACAUCGCAGGCGUCAAGUUCGUCGUUACUUCCAACAUGAUGCUUGCCAAUAGGUAUCUGUGGGCGUUUGGGGUAUUUGCAGCUUCGAAUUUUGCGCUGACGAUGCUUGCGGUGAUCAUAACCGCCUACAUUGCGCCGGCGGCGGCGGGAUCGGGGAUACCGGAGGUGAAGGCUUAUUUGAAUGGCAUUGAUGCUCCGGAGAUAUUCUCAUUUCGAACUCUGGUUAUAAAGAUUUCUGGUUCCAUCAGUGUUGUAUCCUCAUCGCUCCAUGUGGGUAAGGCAGGUCCAAUGGUACAUACCACAGCAUGCAUUGCUUCUUUGCUGGGGCAGGUAGGAUCUCACGAAUUCCGGCCGACAUGGCGGUGGCUUAGGUGUGUCGAGAACGAUAGGGAUCGGCGAGAUGUGGUGACAUGUGGAGCAGCAGCUGGAAUUGCUGCCGCCUUCCGCGCACCGAUUGGCGGAGUCCUUUUUGUGCUUGAAUCAUUAUGUUCAUGGUGGAGAUCCACACUGCUAUGGAGAUCAUUUUUCACAACAGCUGUUGUUGUUUUUGUGCUUAGGGCUCUUAUUGAUUUCUGCAGAAGUGGCAAAUGCGGCUUAUUUGGAAAGGGAGGGCUUAUAAUGUUUGAUGUGACUGAAGAGACUGUUUCAUAUCAUCUUGUAGACUUACCUCCGGUUAUUGUUCUAGGAGUCAUUGGAGGCAUUCUUGGGAGUUUGUACAAUUUUCUCUUAGACAAGGUUCUUCGAUUCUACAUUCGAAUCAAUGCGAAAGGUCGCUCAUUUAAGUUUCUUCUUGCUGCCUGUGUCUCCAUUUUCACCUCUUGCUGUCUCUUUGGCUUACCAUGGCUAGCAUCUUGUAGAGCAUGCCCGGGUGGCAUAUCUGAAGCUUGCCCAACAAUCGGAAGAUCCGGAAACUUUAAGAAGUUUCAAUGCACCAUGGAUCACUUCAAUGAUCUAGCUAGCUUAUUCUUCAACACCAAUGAUGACGCAAUAAGAAAUCUCUACAGUGCUGGCACAGAUAGAGCCUUCAGAAAGUACUCAAUCUUUCUCUUCUUUGUCACCUCCUAUUUUCUUGGAAUUGUGAGCUAUGGCCUUGUCGCUCCUUCUGGCCUUUUCAUGCCAGUCAUUUUGAUCGGUGCAACUUAUGGACGCCUUAUCGGAAUGCUCAUGGGCUCGCACUCAACUCUCGAUCACGGCCUCUUCGCCGUGCUUGGUUCCGCCUCUUUUCUGAGUGGGACGAUGCGAAUGACUGUUUCCGCGAGUGUUAUUCUUCUCGAACUAACGAAUAAUCUCCUCUUGCUUCCUCUGGUGAUGCUCGUCACUCUCAUAUCCAAAACCGUGGCAGACUAUUUUAAUAUGAACAUCUACGACAUACUUAUCAAACUAAAAGGAUUUCCUUUUCUUCAUAGACAUGCACAUUCCUACAUGAGGCAGCUUAGAGCUGGCGAUGUUGUUACAGGUCCCUUACAGAUGUUUAAUGGUGUGGAAAAAGUUGGUAACAUAGUUCACAUUUUGAAGACAACUACUCACAAUGGAUUUCCUGUGAUCGAUAAACCUCCGGCUUCGGAUUCGCCUGUACUGCACGGCUUGAUUCUUCGCUCUCACCUUCUAGUGCUGUUGAAGAAAAGAUGUUUUCUUUCUUCUUCUGAUACAGCUUCUAGUUUUGAGCAUUUCUCAGCUGAUGAUUUUGGGAAAUGGAGCUCAGGCAGACUUGAUGGUAUUGAUGAAAUUGUGUUAACAGAUGAAGAGAUGGAGAUGUUUGUGGAUCUGCAUCCAUGCACGAAUACUUCGCCUUAUACUGUUGUCGAGACGUUGUCUCUGGAGAAAGCUCGCGUGCUUUUUCAUGAAAUCGGUCUGAGACACCUUCUGGUUAUUCCAAAGCUCCAUUCUAGGAUGCCUGUGGUGGGGAUAUUAACAAGGCAUGAUUUCAUGCCCGAGCAUGUUCUUGGUUUGCAUCCUUUUCUGAUGGGAAGGAGGAGAAAGCUGUCUGCUGAAUUUUCCAGAGCUAUCUGCUGAUAACUUAUAGGAAGAUUUACAUAUAUACCUCUUAAUUCCUAUGCAUUUACAUUUCUAAGUCCCAA